GAGGGUAUAAAAGCUAGCUACAAAGUCCUUCUUAUCCCCCACUAUUUAUCAAUUGAAUACUCAAUUAUAUAAAUAACAAAUAUAAACUCAUACUAGAUGUCUUCUACUACUGUUUUUGUGUCAGGUGCAACUGGUUUCAUUGCUCAACACCUCAUCAAGAAAUUGAUUGCUAAGGGUUACAAUGUCAUUGGAACUGUCAGAUCUACUGAAAAGGGUGAUGCUUUGAAGAAGAACUUGAACUCCGACAAGUUCCAAUAUGCUAUUGUUCGUGACAUCCAAGUUGAAGGUGCCUUCAAUGAAGUUUUCAAGAACCACCCAGAAAUUUCCAUUGUCUUGCACACUGCUUCUCCAUUCACAUUCAAUGUCACUGACCCAGAAAAGGACUUGUUGAUUCCUGCCGUUGAAGGUACCAAGAACGCCUUGAACGCUGUUAUUGAAUACGCUCCUCAAGUCACCAAUGUCGUGGUCACUUCUUCAUACGCUGCCAUUGCCGAUUGGGGAAAGGAAUAUGACAAUUCUGUCACUUUCGAUGAAUCUUCGUGGAACCCAAUGACUUGGGAAGACUCCAAGGCAAAUGCAUUGACUGGUUACAUUGGUUCAAAGUCCUUUGCUGAAAAGGCAGCCUGGGAAAUCAUGGAAACCAAGAAGCCACAUUUCACUUUGACCACUGUUAACCCAAUCUACGUUUUCGGUCCACAAGCUUUCGAUUCCGAAGUUAAGGACACUUUGAACACCUCUGCUGAAGUUAUCAACUCCAUUCUUAAGUUGAGAGAAGGCGAUGAAAUCCCAGCCCACUCUGCGGGUUUCGUCGACGUCAGAGACGUUGCCGCUGCGCAUAUUGUUGCUUUCGAGAACAGGGAGGCUGCUUGCAAGAGAUUGAUUCUCCAUACCGACAGAUUCUCUUCCCAAGGUGUUCUUGACAUCUUGAACGAAAACUUCCCUGCUUUGAAGGGUAAGCUUCCUGUUGGAAAGCCAGGUACUUCCAAGGAAGAUACCGACAAGUUGGCUACUAUUAACAACGAUUUCACCAGAAAAGUCCUUGGAUUCAAGUUUAUUGAUUUCAAGAAGUGUAUCGUUGAUAGUGUUGAACAAGUUUUAGCCGUCAACGGUAGUAUUUAAAUUGUAAAUAUGUGUUAAUGAUAAA